AUGGUGCGUGGACGUUCGGUUGAUCCCGCAGCGAUUGCAAGAACCAGAAAAGAAGAUUCGGCAAUGAUCAAAUCAGGACACUGGAGCCUGGACUCUGGACAAGAAGACAAACAGCCGGCUAACAAGCUAGUGCCUUCAGCCUCCGCCAGAGACGGAUUUGAUGGAAAGGCCUCGCGAAGCAAAAAUCCAGAAUAUGAUAACCAGGAGGCUAUGUUGGAAACAAAAGUGAAGCCCAAUCUUCCACUGAACACUUUUGAACAUGAACCUGGUGUGCCUUCAUCCAAUGAUGUUGAUGAAAUUGUUAAGUACCUUGAGGAUCCAAAUUGCUUUCUUAACGUCAACGCAGGUGGUUCAGGGAUACAAUUUGGAGUCUACUAGUCUUUUUUUGAUAUUUCGGGUUGUAGCUCAGAGAGGUGGGAAUUAUAGUCUUGACCAUCGCUCAGAAAGUAAAGUGUCUUAUGAUCAUACUAUGUUAGGGUAGAAGAGGGUGGAAACAGGGUAGCACUCUAGCCAUGG